AGGAUUGGAAGCAAAAGUUCCAACUCUAUUUUGAGGCGAGUGGUGCGUCGGAAAGAUUGUCCGAAAAACAGCAGUGUGCACUCCUGCUACACAGCGUGGGUGAUGAGGGCCUCGUGGUAUACAACACAAUCGAAAAUAAAGAGAAACUGACAUAUCAAGAAAUACUGAAAAAAUUGGAAGAACACUGUAGUCCACCGAGUAACGAAACAUACAAUAGACACAUAUUUUUCAACAGGAAGCAAAAAACAGGUGAAAACAUAGAAGAUUUCGUGACUGCACUCAAAAAACUUAGCUUAGACUGCAAUUUCGAAAAACUCAAAGAUGGACUAAUUAGGGAUCAGAUUAUAAUAGGAUUAAUUGACAACGAACUGAAGGAAGACUUACUCAGUGUAACAGAUUUGACUUUGGAAAGAUGUAUCAAUAUGAGCAGAGCGGCUGAAACUACAAAAGCUCAAAUGGACAACAUUAAGAACAAAAAUGAAGUAGCAAGAAUAGAAGUGGGAGCGGGACAAAGAAGAACCAUGAAAAAGGAGCACUCUAGUGAUAAAAGGCAGCCCUCCAGGAGCAGAACAAGAGACCAGUCAUAUAGUAGACAGCAGGGUCAAGCGCACACCAGGGACCAUUCGUAUGGUAGACAGCAGGGUCAAGCGAACACCAGACGACCUUGUGGCAAGUGUGGCAGACAACACGGAUAUGCAAAGUGCCCAGCAUUCAACAAGAAGUGUGUGAAGUGCGGCAAAUACAACCAUUUUGCGGCUAUGUGCCUAAACAAAAACUGUGGCUCUGUCUAGGUGAACUUCCAUAUGAAUACAAAAUAAAAUUACAAGACAAUAAUAUACCAAUUGCUGAGCGACCCCGGAAAAUACCAUUUCAAUUAGAAGGAAAAGUUAAAACUGAGCUGGAC